AUGGACUUCGAUGAUGGCGGCAGUGACAGUCAGGAAGGGCGUGACGACUUUCAGUCCCUGACUACAGACUUGGAGCCCUUUACUUGCGAUCACCCAUUGCUGAAGUUUGGCCAAGUUGGCUACAAUGGACCUGCUGGCUUCAUGUGGGACUUUGCCUAUGUCUAUGACAACCUUCAUGCUUUGGGCGAAAAGAAGCAGAAGUACAAGAUGUUAAAGGAGCUCCAGGAACAAUGCUGUGAAGGGCAACACUUGUCCAGGGAAGAUUUGCAUGUGAAAAAGGAAAGAAGGCGAGGGUGCUUGGCCGUUGAUGCAGUGAGCACAUUGCUUGUCUUGCACUUUUUGCUCGACUUGCUCAACAAAACAAGAACUGAUGCCAAAGCGCUGACUAUGAGAAACUAUUUCAAAGAUGUUGGCAUGCUGGUCACCCAGGAAGCAAGUCGCCACAAUGAUGUGCUGAAGUUUUCAGUUGGUGACUUUCCUAUGCAUGUUCUGCCUACAGGGAAGUUGCAAGGCUUUCGUUUGUGGCUCGGAAGACAUGUUCACAAACAGGUGGUUCAAUUGUGGCUUACACUGUGGAAGUGGAUGGCCAGGGAAGACAAUGGGCCACUUCUGACAGAAGACAUUUCCAGCAACGAUGAUGAGGAGCCAUCCUUGGUGGAUUUACUCAUGUUUUGUGUCAAUUUUAUACAUUCCUACAAGGCGGCCCAUUCGUUUCGACAGCCUCCCCCUUUCUCCACCGAUAGCAUGAGAAAUCUGCAACAAUGCGUUCUCAAGUUUGUGGCGUGGGUUGUCAACAAUGUGGUGCUUGAGAUGAUGACCCAGCAGGACGAUUCUCAGCCAGUGCCAUCCAGACGCGUGAGAAGGAACUCCGAUGCAAAUCUGCGGAAGAUGAGUCCUCAUGAGAUCUGGCGUGUCAUUGAGCAAAGCAAGGAUACUGGGGUGUCAUACCAAAAGAUUUGUGCUCUGCGAAAAGAUGACCCACAAGGAGGAAUCAGUGAGCAACUGACGUGGGUUUGGCAGAGAAAAUUGUUGUCAAUGUACAGGCAGUCAUCAAGGCUAAGUUUCUUCAAUGUGAAGAACUUCGCCAUUGUCACGGAUGCCUCAACUCAUAGCAACAAGGACUACCUGAUGAGCCUGGCCUAUGACCCUGUAAAUGGAGUAGGGGCUCACAUGUGCUCAGUUCACGUCAGGUCAACAAAAGUGUUACACCCACAGGAGAUGGAGCUGACACCAGAAGCAGAGCGCUUGGCAGCGAGACGGGAAAUUGAACGGCUUAGCAGCUUGAAGUUCUUGCAAGGCCUUUCGGCCCAGAUAUGCAAGUUGACUGACCUUUGCUUGGAUGAUUUUAAAUUUCCUGAAGUCUUGCUCAAAAUGUUGGAGCUGCAACCAGGCGAUAACUUCUUCUUUGACGACAAUGUCGCAGUGCUGAAUGGAGAGGAGUUUCAAUUAAGUCAAUUCAAUUGUCUGAUUUGCCUUGUUUGCAUUGCAUCAUGGACCAAGGCAAAGUUGGCUGCGCAGCUGCUGCCUUUGCUCAAGGGCGGACUUGCCAAGGCAAGCAGAUGGUUUUCCUGGAACGAAGGAGCUGCUGUCCAUUUGAAAGAAUGGCAUAGCUCCCUCAUGCUCCUCUCGUGGUACUUCCCAACAGAUCUUGACACUGAUGGUCAGUCUGGUUUGUUAGGCCUCAAAGGCUGUUUGACACAGAUGUAUUGGGAAGAUGCCCACAUCAUCUUCAGAGUUCAAUAUGGAAUGUGGUCGUGGUACUCGCAGCAGAUCCAUGAUGUCAAAAGCCCAGAGCAUGCAAUCAUUGAAUCUUUGGAAAUGGUCGAGUCAUGGAUGAGUCAUCAAUCUCUCCAGACCCUUGCUGAAUCGUGGAGCGCUCAAACUUGGGCCGAUGUUGAGCGGUUUGUGCCUGACCAGGAGGCCUUCAUUGCCAGAGUGAAUACCUAUGCUCUUGGAUGCUUGAUGAAUCGUUGCGCAACGCUUUCCAAGUUCUCAGCUCCACCUGAGACAUGGGUUGGGCUUCUAGAUCCCCAGCAAGCACAGGUGACAAGAAUGCGGCUCUUGAAGGAGUAUCGUUGGUUUCAAUCCUUGCGGUGCAGCAUGGCUCCUUUUGCAGCAGAGCUUGCCAGUGACAUUGAGACGGUCUUCGAUUUGCCUUGUCGUCAUUUGUGUCAUUUGUGUCAUUUGUGUCAUUUUGACUUUGGAGCAGCGCAAGAGCUGGCCAAGCUGCUGAUUGGUGGCUUUGCGGAUUCAAAAGUGGUUGAGGACAUUCACCAAGCAUGCAGGGUGGCCACGAACCCAGGCAGCAACAAGAAGCUCUCUGGAGCUACGUUGCAGCUUGUUUGCCAAUUCUCUGAGGUUUUGGACAAGAGAGGGAUCGUCCAUCCAGCUGCCCUAACCCGUGAAGAAUUCUUGGACAAGUGGCCUGAUGCCAGAGAUGAUUUCAACUGCCGCCAGGAAUUCAAAUCAUCCAGCCAUAGUCUACCAGCUCGCUACUCAGGGAUUCUGACGAAGAAGAUGUGGCGCACUGUCAGUGAGGAUUGGCUUCGAACCUCAUACGGGGCAUGGCAAUGGAUGAUUCAAUACUGCGGGCAAAGGCUUGCUGACCAAGGUGUUCGCCUGGAGGAUGGUCUUCUGAACCGCCUUGCUUUUCAAGGGCAAGUGAUUGAAGUCAAUUUUGUCUAUCUACUCAUUUUGGGCAAUUUGAAGUGGCAAGCCCUUGCUUGGCCGUUGAAGCUUGUGGACGCUGCUGAUGAUGAUUAUCGCAUGAUGCGAUGGGUUUUGGAUUCGUCGUCAAGUUGUCAAUGGCUGCAAUGCUCUCUGAACAUGCCAGCUUUUCAAACAAAGCUAGUCUGGAGCAAUGAGUUUGGCAUCCACUGGCAACAGGUUGGGCCUCCUGAAACAUUUGCGCAGAAUUGCUUGCGGCGCCAAUGGCCUGACAUUCACAGAUCUUUGCUUGAUGGGGAGGCAUCUUUUUGGCUCCGAAAUCAAAGAGAAGUCUAG